GGCGGGAAGCAACGUGCAUCUUCUCUCGAUCUCCCUCCCUCCUCUCCGCGCCCAUAUAUAAACCCUCUCUUCUUCUUCAUCAGUCAUCACCACCGCUCCUCUCUCUAUCUCCUAAUCCGACACUCGUUGACUUUUAACUCGAAACAAUGAGUGCAUCGGGCUCUUCUGGAUCCAUCCCCUUCAAAUCGAAGAAACGGCUGUUAGAUUCGCCGUCAUCAAAAUCGCAAACCGGAAACCCUAAUCAGCCCUCUGUACCCUUCCCCACGCCGGAGAAGCCGCCGGAGGCCAUGCACACCAGAUCCAGAAACCGAUCCGUGGCUCUAUCGGUGAAAGAGAUUCGCCAGGCCGCUGGAUCUCGUCGCAGAUCUGAAGAUCCGGUUGGUAGGGCUUCAUCCGCCAGGAGCCAGCUCUUGUUUUCAUCCAAUGAUGAUUCAUCGUCUUCCGCCUCGAAACGAAAGAACACUGAUAAAGAUAAACUACCAGAGAAGUAUGAGAUUCUGGGGAAGUUCUUUGAUGCGUUAGACAGUACGAUCGUCUUAUCGAGAUUGCGAGGUUCUAAGCCGAUAUUUUCCAACAUUUCUGGGAAAAUCGAGCAUUUAACCGAAAGGAGGUUUUGUUACAGUCACUUGGCUCAAAUAAAGCAUAUAUUGCCAGAGGCAGUCGAGGUCAAGAGAGUGUUGAUACAUGAUGAAGCAACUAGGUGUAUGAAACCAGAUCUUCAUGUUACACUCAACGCCGGUGCAGUUGAGGAGAAUGGCAAUUCGAAAUCUGAAAGCAAGAAGAAGAUCUCUCUCCGGAAAGUGUUCAGGGCAAGACUUGCAGAUUUUGUUAAAUCUCAUCCUCAGGGUGAUGAAGUUCCAGAGGAACAGCUUCCAGAGCUAUUCAAUAGAAAGAAACCAAAUGAAGAUUCAAAGGCUGAGGUUAAGAGUGCUGGUAAUCUCAUGGAAGAGAUGGCUUCUAUCCCAGCAGCUAAAUUGAUUUCAUCUUUCAUCAAAGUCCCAUCAACUCCAGUCAAUGCUAAACCUCAGAUCAACAUUGCACCAACUGCAACUCCUGCUUUGUCUAAGAUUAACUUGGCCCCAACACCAGUUAAAGCAGAGUCAACUCCAGCUAGAAUACCUUCAACGCCGGCUAAAAUUGACUCAACACCAGUUAAAUCACUGUCAGUUCCAGCUAAUGUACUUUCAACGCCGGCUAAAAUCGACUCAGCACCAGUUAUUGUUGCUUCAACUCCACCUGAAUGUGCCUCAACUCCUGCCAGAGUCUACAGUACAUCACUUGCAUCUCGUCUGCAGAAAAGGAGCAGCGGUGAUACAAGUCCAGAUGAUGUAUCUGCUGACCCACCGGCUAAGCUAGCGAGGCGUUCCUCACUAAGCUCGUCAAGGUCGCUGAACUUUGAUUCUUUUACGGAGGAAGAGGAAGCUGAUAUGGAUGUGACAAAUGCUGAUGAAGACAAUGAUCAAGUACCUGAGGAAGAUGAAUCCAGCGAUGAUGAAAUCCUCAGCAUACUUCCUGAUGAGCUUCGACAAUCGAUUAAAGAACAAGAGAGGAAAGCUAUUGAAGAUGCAAAUCCAGCAAUCUCAGAGGCAAAGAGAAGGAGAAAGAUGAUCGCUUGUCUACCUAAACUUUUCAACGUCAUCCAUUACUUGAUUCAGUCAAUAAGGCGUUGGGUGAUCACAAAAGAAGAGCUUGUGCACAAGAUCAUCGCCGGACACUCUGAUAUUACCGACAGGAAAGAAGUUGAAGAACAACUAAUCUUAAUGCAAGAGCUCGUCCCUGAAUGGAUAUCUGAGAAAAGAUCAUCAAGUGGAGAUUUACUAGUUUGCAUUAACAAGUUGGCAUCUCCCCAAACAAUCCGGUCGCAUCUUGAAGAAGAAAACAAGAAAGCUGUUGCUCCACCAUGCCCUUGAGAUUUGCAGUUCUGUCGGCUGCGUUUUGGACUUUAAAUAUUCGAGAGAGAGAGAGAGAGAGGCGUGUAGAGAUUAGGGAAUAAAGUAUUGAAGUUCAAGUUUGGAGUAGUUCAAGUAUAAGUUAAUGAAAGUGUAGUAAAAGGGUGAAAACAAUAUAAUCUUAUUUAACAAAUCUUACAGAUUUUUUGGUAAAUCAUUUUCCUUGCAACA